GAUGAUGAAAUUAAUGAUCUAUACCGUGCAAUACCGGAGGUGGCCAACCAUUUCACAGUCACUUGUAAGAUAGGGGAAGGUGAGAACAUUUAAAUUCAUACUUAAUAGUACUGCUGGGCAUUGCAAUCUGGAUUAAAAUUUUGUUUUCAGAAUAGUUUAAAUUAAUUUCUUGUUUAAACUCUUUAUCUCUAAGAUGCAUCAAUAAAUAAAAUGAUUACAUGAUAAUAAAAUUAUUUCGCCUUUCCAUCAUUGUGAUAGAAUGUUGCAGUUUUACUUUCAAUCGAUCAAUGUUUAAACCUAGGUAGCAUUAUUUAUUUCUAGCCAACAAAGUGAUCAAAAUUAUGCUUAGAGAUUUAAUUUUGUUUAAUCAUGAGAUGACUUUCUUUUUUUAAAUCCUUUAUAUUAACUUGGCUUUUUUGUUAUUUGUUUCUGACAAAAAUCUUAGGACAAUUACAACACAUUCUAUCUAAUUUUCAAUCCCAGCCCCUAAAAAUCAGUUUUACCAGUUUUUUAAGGGGAAGAUGAAGAAAAUAUGAUGAAAAUGAUUUAACGGAAAAAAAAUUCCCAAUAACUGCUUUAAAUAAGAUUCUUUAAAAAACAAUAUUGCAAGUGCGUUUGGUGCGUAAUAUUUUCUUUUGUUUUUCUGAAAUGGUGAAAUAUAUCUGCAGUGUAAAAGGGGGUGGUUCAUUAAAAUGUUAAUAUAGUUCAGGGGCGUGUAAAAAAUGUGAAUUUGCGAGCCAGGGGUGGGGGAGCACUAAUUGGGAUUCUCUUAAAGUGCAUUAUUUUUAUCCAUGUUUGGUCAAAUUUUCAGCCCCACCCCAUUGCUCGAUUUUAUAAAGCAUCUUGACAAAAACUUUGUUUUUAGGGUUUGUUAAAUUUAAAUAUUGUUUUUUAAAUUCUUAGAUCAAUUAGGAUAGCAAUAGAAAUGCUUUAUUUCUGCAGGUGCAUUCAGCUGUGUGUAUUUAGCAAAACUCAAGCAUUACCCCGAGGUCGUUGAAAUGUUUGCUCUGAAACAUAUUAUCCCAACAACCCACCCGUCCCGCAUUGAAAAUGAAUUGACUUGUCUGCUGACUAUAGGGUAAGUGUAAGUGAUCGAGGAAUUGGAUAUAUGACAGUGCAGACCAAGGGUCAGCAACCUUUUAUUUUUUAAUUUUUUUUAUUUAAUUUUUUUUUUUUUGUGGAGCCAUAUUAGUCAAAUCAUACGAUGUUUAUAUCUGUCUAGGAUACAUUUUGUGAGUCGGGUGUCAUCACUGAUUAGGAAGAAAAAUAGUUCUACAUCGCUGAUUAGGAAGAAAAAUAAUUCUAUCCAAGAGCCACAAGCGGCUCUAGAGCUGCAGGUUGCCAAUCCACUGAACUAGAAAUGUUUGAAAAUAUUGUACAUUUUUUAAAUAAAUUUAAUAGAAUAUUGUUGAACACAUCUGUAAGAUUUUAGCCAUAAAGUACAUUGCACAAGUAUAAAAGCCAUCCUAGUUGAAUUUAGUUAUAUGUGAUAUGUUCUUGAAUUUAGUUAUAUGGGAUAUGUUCUUGAAUUUAAUUCUAUGGGAUAUGUUCUUGAAUUUAGUUAGAUGUGAUAUGUUCACGAAGGGGAAAACAUUUUUCUAAGAAAAAAGGGUACAAUGGGUUGGUGAAUAUCAUUUCUGCUUUCAUAUCAUUUGGGGUUGUCAUGUUUUGGCUGAAUAAACAUGGAUAGGAUGACGUCACCAUGAAUUGUCAGGAAAGAAAUAAUUAAAAGAGUAAAAGUAUACAUUUUAUUUUAAAUUAUUGGGCCUGUUUUAAUUAACCCUACUUAACUUACCGGAAUCAAGUUUAGAAACAACAAACAUGAUUUUGGAACCAGCCCAACUUGAUAAAAGUAUUUUCAACCACUGGCAAGCUACUAUGCUUUGAAGAUAUUGAACAUAGCCCAUACUUACUAUCAGUAGGCUGGCUGUUUUAUCAAUCAGCAGGUUAUGUAUAAAUUAUAAAUAAUAAAUUCAAAUAUUGCUAUCUGCUGAUAAAUGAUAACUUUAUAUUUUACCUUGUUUAUUUUCUCCAGUGGUUGUGACAAUGUGAUGGAAGUUAAACUCUGCUUGCGUAAUCGAGACCAUGUGGUUUUUGUGAUGCCUGUAUUUCUUCAUGAUAAAUUUCAGGUAAGAAUUUUUUAAAUGUUCAGUGAUAAUUGUAUUUUAAUGUCAUUCAUGAAUAGUCUUGUGGUUUUAAAUGCAUGCAUUUCUAACCUGAAUGCUAGCCCCCUGAAUUUUAGUAAAUGACACAACUCCAGUGCUUAGGCCGCUAUGGGAAGACUGAAGACUCAAUUAUGGGAUUUUAAAAUGAAAAUUGAAUUUAUUUCACAUUUAAACUUAAAAGUUUUAGAUGUUUUUCACCUUAUUUUUUUCAGAAUAGUCAGGACCAACUUUUUGGUGCAGUUUUCUGUGCACUUUAUUUCACCAUGUAAUUCAAGAGUUUGCAAACAGUAAAAAAAAAAAAAAUAAAAAAUAAAAAAAAAAUAAAAAAAAAAAUAUUUAACGAUUGUUCUCAGACGAUAUCUACUUCUUCUUUUUCACUUUUCUACGUAUUGAUGUAACAUAGACAGUCAACUGUAAAAAUUAUCGUUCCAUGACUUCCGGUCACNGGGGGGGGGGGGGGGGGUUGGGGGUUUUUUUUUGGUGUUAUUUAGAAAUAAAUUUUCAUGAGGAAAUUUGAAUGCUUGCUUCAUUGUUGUUUGCAUUAAUUUGCAAUGUUCAUUAGGAGUAUCUCCAUAACAUGAGUGUCGACGAAGCCAGAGAAUACAUGCAGAAUCUUCUUGUAGCUCUGAAACGAGUUCACCAGUUCAAGGUCAUUCAUCGCGAUGUCAAGCCCUCUAAUUUCCUCUACAACCGUCAGCAUAAAAAGUAUGUCAAUGUUUUAAGUGAAUUUAAACCACCUUUCAGCAGAGACAUCACAUUUCUGGGCAAUGCCGGGCAGCUCACCAAGUCCUCUAUAUACCAGCACAACUUAAAAUAGCUUUUCUGCCUUAAGUACAUAAUAAAAGUCAUUUGACAGUUAUUCAUUUCAAGAUUUCUGUUUAAUAUUCAAAUAGAUAGCAUACCUUAUUUAAUAUGUGGGCACUAUUUGGUCAGAUUCAAUCCACUGUUUGCUCAAUCCUGCUUGUCAUUACAAACAAAACAGAAUUCUAAAUACCAUAACUCCAUUGCAGAUUUGCCCUUGUAGACUUCGGUCUGGCAUCCGGGCCUAUUCUUAAAGACAGAGACGGCGAGAAGCAAGACAAAACUGCAACACAUCCAAAGAAAUCAGCAGACAAUAAAUCAAAUUUUGCCAUGCCCGACAACAAAAAAAUGACGGUUCGUAUUCCCUUGUCGCCUUCUAAACCGGACCCGACCGAGAACAUUUUGGUUAACAUUACUAAAGGUCCCGGAGGAAAGGUAACUGCCACUGUCCACAACCCUACAGAGUCUUAACAAUUUGUCUUGUGUUAGGCCUAGCCAGUCUUUUACUAUGCAUGUUUGUACACUUAAGUUAAAAGAAAAAUAGUGGAAACAUUUAUCUCACUACAGAUCAAUCAUUUAUAAUCAUUAAUUUAAUUUUAAGGUUUUAUUUAGGGUCUAGUUGUCUGGACUGCAAAUUAAAUUAGUUUUACAGUGCUAAAUAUGGAAAUGGUCACUGUUAUAUUUAGUGAUAAAUAAUACCAGAGAUGAUGAUUCAAAAUGUGACUCAUUUUAAUAUCCACAUUCACAAUAUUCACAAUAAUAAAUAAGUUUCACAGAAAUAUGAAGAUACUUUGAAUGACAUCAUACAAAUUUUAAUUCCUAUUAUACUUCCAUAAUAUAAUCCUAUUUUACUUUACUUGAUAAUGUUAUCAACAAAAUAUCAUUACAUAAUCAACGAUCCUCUCAAGUCCCCAAACUCUGUACAUUACGCACAAGAAAUAUUAAGUCCAUUACUUGUCUGCCAUUGGUGGUUCACAUAUUCACAAUGACAUCUGUGACGGAAGUCUUAUUUUGCUUGGAACCAAUUCCAAACAGGCCACUGGCGGUAAAAAGAAGCAAAAUAUUGCUGGGACUGGGAAGCCGUUCACUUUAACCUUGCCGUCUACAUCAGCGGCCUCAGUUCUGGCAGAAAAUCAGAGUCAGUGUGGCUGUUAUGGUAAGCCACAGAUAUGCAGCAUCUGUUCAACAAGGUGGGUCUACGCUGCAUGUUUCACACUUACUUAAUGCUCACUGAGAAAAUCAUCUUGUCUGUCUUGAGUUAUCCUAAAUGGCCUCAUUUUUUAAAAAAAAAGGGUUUUUAAUUUCUUCUACUAUUGAAUCUUUAAAAAGACACAAAAUUAUUGCUCAUGUGGGUCCAACAAUAUUAUCAAUUAUUUUUUUUAAUUAACAUGGAUUUUUUUAACAAUUAAAAUUUCAUGUUAUGUUAUUACAAUGAAAUCUUAUUUAUAAAAGAGGAUUUUUUUUAGAAAAUCAAACAUACUUUACAUAUAUUGUACAGACAGAACCAGAUAGCACCAAGAGCUGGAACUGCUGGCUUUCGAGCACCUGAAGUGUUAAUGAAAUAUACAGGACAGGAUACAGGUGAGGCCCGAACUUGACUUGGUGAGAGAACUGCUUGGCGCGGGGACCACGGUCAGAGAAAAAAUGUCUGUUAUGUAUGUUCGUCUAUCUAAAUCGAUCAAGGUCAUUUUUAUCAUAGGAUCCGUGCUGGUUCUGAUUCUGUCUGUGCACACUCCAAUGGUUGAUGAUUCUGGAACAAAAUGUUCUUGUGCAGCAGGUGCAAGGGAUAGAUGGGACAUCUUCAGGUGCUUCUGUUUAAAAUGUUUAAGAAACUCAUAAUAGUAAAUAUAAUAUGUAUAUAUAAGUAAUAUAUAUAUGUGUUUGUGUGUGUAAUUAUGGGGCAAAUGUUUUUUAAUGAAGUAGGGCCGCAUCCCCUGUAUAUGAAUUUCUAAGGUUUCCAUUGAAAUUACAAAGAUUAUUAUAAACCAGAACUACAGCAAUAUUGUGUAUCAUUUGGCCCAAUGCAGGGGAGAUAAUACCAUCAGUUUCUGUCUCACCACCCCUCCUGUGACAAAUUUAUUUUUUAUUUUUCUCACUCUUGUAUAAAUCGGGUCUUUGAGUGAUUAGCUCACCCUUACAUAGAUGGAGUGAUUGAAUUGUUAUCUCACCCUCACAUAGAUGAGGUGAUUGAAUGAUUAGGUCACCCUUACAUAGAUGGAGUGAUUGAAUUGUUAUCUCACCCUCACAUAGAUGAGGUGAUUGAAUGAUUAGGUCACCCUAUCAUAGAUGGGGUAGUUGACUGAUUAGCUCACCCUUACAUAGAUAGGGUAUUGAAUUGUUAUCUCACCCUUACAUAGAUGGAGUGAUUGAAUUGUUAUCUCACCCUUACAUAGAUGGAGUGAUUGAAUUGUUAUCUCACCCUUACAUAGAUGGAGUGAUUGAAUUGUUAUCUCACCCUUACAUAGAUUGGGUGAUUGAAUGAUUAGCUCACCCUUACAUAGAUAGGGUAUUGAAUUGUUAUCUCACCCUUACAUAGAUGGAGUGAUUGAAUUGUUAUCUCACCCUUACAUAGAUUGGGUGAUUGAAUGAUUAGCUCACCCUUACAUAGAUAGGGUAUUGAAUUGUUGACUGAUUAGCUCACCCUAUCAUAGAUGGGGUGGUUGACUCAUUAGCUCACCCUUUCAUAGAUGGGUUGGUUGACUGAUUAGCUCACCCUAUCAUAGAUGGGGUGGUUGACUGAUUAACUCACCCUUUCAUAGAUGGGGUGGUUGACUGAUUAGCUCACCCUUUCAUAGAUGGGGUGGUUGACUGAUUAGCUCACCCUAUCAUAGAUGGGGUGGUUGACUGAUUAGCUCACCCUAUCAUAGAUGGGGUGGUUGACUGAUUAGCUCACCCUAUCAUAGAUGGGGUGGUUGACUGAUUAGCUCACCUUUAUAUAGAUCAGAUGAUUUUUUUUUUUUUGUAUUUAAAUAAAAUAUUGAUCCUUCUUUUUUAAUAUUCCUUAUCAAGCUUAUAUUCAACCUUUCUGCUCAGAUCAUUCAAUAACCUGUCUUUAUGAGGUUUCUAUUGGUUUUUACACCAUGUUCUUUUUAAUAAAACAUCUCUCUCCCCAUGGCAAGUGUUUUUUCCUGGCUUUCACACAUUUUAAAGUUACUGCUAUACUAAGAAUAGUUUCAUUUUUUUUUUAAAUUUGCACAAACCAUUUUCAUUGAUUUCACCCUAAUUCUAUCUUUGCCUGCAGGUGUGGACAUAUGGUCAGCUGGUGUGAUUCUCCUCUCCAUUUUGUCGGCUCGGUAUCCAUUUUUUCGUGCUCAGGACGACAUUGGCUACCUGGCACAGAUCAUUGCCAUUCUGGGCUCUCAUGCCUGCAUCAAAGCUGCUUCAGCCAUAGGUCAGUGGUGGGGAAAAACAAUUUUGUUUUCUAAUUUCUUAUAAAUUCAUAUUUCAGGUAAUGUUUGACCCCGUUGUUUUAAAUUAUUGACAUCUGAUAAAUAUAACACAAUAUAUAAUCUUAUAAAUGUUAACAAGGAAAUUACCAUUAUAUCUGUUACAUCAAUAUUUAAUGAAUUCAAUAAUGCUUUCAAACUCGUUUAGUUUUAAAACGCUUAGGGCCUUUUCAAAAUGUCAGAUAGAAGGAAGCAGAUGAAACUCUUCAUGACUAGACAAUAUGACCCAGUGUUACGCUGUGUUUCGUUCUUACUUCCGUUUGACGCUCUGUACUUCAAACCUUACGGUUGUUGUUUAUGUUUCUGAAACCAUUUCCUUACUUGACCACACACACAGCCAUGCUCAUUCAUAUCUAAGAUCAACAACCAAUCUUGAAUUGAAAUAAUGAUGAUUCUUUAUUGUUUGUAACAACUGGUAUUUUACAAAAACAUUCUUGACUAAACAUUCUUCAAGACACCACCUCUUGUCUUCAGACCGCUCUCAUCUGCACUGAUUAACUAGCCUGGACCUUCUCAUGACAAUGUUUACUCGGCACAUUCCCUCGACCAGUCACAAAUCGCCCUCACAAAACCUCUGACCAACUCACAAGCAACAACUUUCUUAAACAAACAUUGUAAUAAUGAAAGGUAUAUUGCACUACUUUCCCUCUGCUAUUGCCAGGUCUAAACAUUUUUUUAAAAAUCCAAGUUUUUCUUAUGUAACUGAAUUAGGUUUUGACGUAUUAUAAUAUUCUCAAUAAAGAAAUUACAACAAUUUUCAAUGCCCUUGGAAUUUAUAGUUAGGAAACAGUAAAUCAGACCUUUGUUAUUUUGUAAAGAAGUAUCUCUGUUUACUUUUCUUACAACAUAGUGUUUUGAGAUAUAUUUUUGUCCCUUCUCUAUAAUAUAGGACUGCUCAACCCCUUUUCAUGCCUCUGAAGUACAAAGAAAACAAAUUUUCAAAAAAUUUUAAAACCUUGUCCUUAAUUUUUUUAAAAAUCUAUAUAUCAUUUUAAAUAUCUAGAAUAUGAAAAAAUUUUGAUAUAUUUGUAUCUCAUUAAAAAUGUGCUCAGUCUUGAACUAUAUUAUAAAAAAAAGCAUUAAAAAAACAGAAUUCUAAAAUCUAAGGAAUAAUCUCUUAACCAGUUUUCAUGCCUGUAACAUCUUGUGUUUUGUAAGAAAUUUUCUUCAUAAUUUAUUAAUAUCAUAAAAUUGUCGAUGCCCCCAAAUUCCCCUAAACUAUAGGCCUAUAUUGCGCAAAAUGAAAAAAAAAUAUUUCCUUAUUUUUAAAGAUCUUAACCUCUAUUUGUUAAACCCCCCUGAAAUGUGUGUAUCUAUUUUAAAGAUUAAAUUGUAAUGUCUUUAAAAUUAUUGGGUUUUCCCAUCAUUGUCUAAAACGGACCAUUUAUUUUCCAGAGGAUUUUCCUCUCCCUUGUAUUGAGCAGGUUCUCUGCUUUUUUGGUAAGGGACCAAGUCUCAUUAGCGUAAGAUACUACUGGUGUUAUGAUAGUAGAGUGUAUGGCCUUCUUUGUUUACCUUGAGAGGUUUUUGCUUUCUAGUGGCUAUUGUAGGUUGAAUAGUAACAGUUGUCUGCUGUUAUCCUUUCUUUCACCCCCAUCAUUUGCUUAUCCUAGAUAUUUGAAAGUAGCCAUUUGUCUCAAAUUUGUGCUUGUUUAUUUUGAUGUUGUCAACAGUUCGGGUGUUUUCUUUACAUUACCAUAGACCAUUUAUUAUUGUUGACCCAUGGGCCUGAUUUACAUUUCGCACACAAGUUCAGCUCUAUUCAUGUAAUUAUUGCAGGUAAAAAUCUUCUGGUCAGUGAACACAUAGAGCCAGUUGAUCUAAAGACGGCUUGUACAAAACUGCGUUUGUCCCAGAUGUCAUUUAAACUUGGGCCCAGCAGUCAGAAUAACAAAGUGAUCCAAUCAUGGAUGGACAUUUCGGAUGAGCCUUUCGAUCUGUUGUCCAAGAUGCUGGACCCCAAUCCACUGACAAGGAUCACAGCAGAGGAUGCGCUCAAGCAUGAGUUCUUUACCAAUCAUCAGCUGUUCAAGUCUUGA